CCAUGUCAGAUGUGGUAUUUGGAUUUUUUGCCUGCAUUGCAUUUAUUGUUAUAGUGGUCUUUAAUGUUGGAGUUUUCACACCCAGCUGGCUAACUGUACAUGAAACACCAGUAAAUUCUUCCAUCCCUUCAAAAAUAUGCCAUUAUGGUCUGUUUCACAGCGUAGAUUGUCCAAACAAUGAAAAAGCUUUUGACUGGACAGUUAUUGCACUAAACAUAGCGACAUCUGUGAGUCUGACGAUUAUCCCAUUUCUCUGGUGUAUUUCAUGCAAAUUCUGGUGCUGCAAAGGGGACUACUCUGACGAAACAUGCGCAGAAGGUUGCUGCAGUUGUUACUCGUUCUUUUAUUUUGCUGGAGGUUUCCUUGGUUUUGCAUCAACGUUAAUUGUUGUUUCAAAAUUUGAUCACGACCAGUUGGGAUGGUCUUUCUUUCUAACAGCGGCUUCAUCUUCUGUGAUUCUGUUGCAGGUAGUACUUUUAGUCACCUACUUUGUUUGCUCACGAAACAUGAACGAAAAAUGCACAAUAUUCCUUGUCUACAGAAGGCGGCAUUCAAAAUAUGAGCGUUAUUAG